UGCAUCGGUUGAAGAGUUUCCAGUCCGUUCCGCGCCUGCGUACAAUUCUCCACUCUGCAGUCGGAGCGCGGGGUUUACGGUUACGUUUUCGCGAGCUACGAGUUUGUAAUCGCGGAGGCAAGAAGGCUCGUCAUCCAGGUUCCUGUUCCAUCUGACAUCCAGGUGUUGGCGAUGGACCCGCGGAAAGUGGCCGAGUUGAAAUGCUUCGUGCAGAUGUGUAAGGAGAACCCAGGUGUGCUGCACCUGCCCGAGAUGGAGUUCUUCCGGACCUGGCUGCAUGGAUUGGGAGCGACUAUUCCACCCCUGCCUAAAAACUCAGGCUGCCAGGGAAGCUGUCCGUGUGAUGCAGCUCCGCCUCCUAAAACAGCCCCGCCCCCUCAUGCAGAGCCGGCUCCGGCCCCGCCUUCCGAGAGUGAGGAGAGUGAAUUAGAGAUAGAAAAUGAUGGAGUGAUCGACCCAGACAUGGACGAGGUUCAGGAGAUGGGCGACUAUGAGAACCUGGAGGUGACAGAGGAGAUGAUGGACCAGGCCAACGAGAAGAAGAUGGAGGCCAUUGACGCACUGGGAGAGGGAGAGCUGCAGAAAAGUCUGGAUCUGUUCACUGAUGCCAUCAAAUUGAAUCCACGAUCAGCUAUACUCUAUGCCAAGAGAGCCAGUGUGUACAUCAGGAUGCAGAAGCCGAACGCUGCGAUUCGAGACUGUGACAGAGCAAUAGAUAUAAACCCCGACUCAGCACAGCCGUAUAAGUGGAGAGGGAAAGCACACAGGUUACUUGGUCACUGGGAGGAAGCAGCUAAAGAUUUGGCCACAGCCUGCAAACUGGACUAUGAUGAAGAUACCAGUGCCAUGCUGAAGGAGGUUCAACCCAAAGCCAACAAGAUCCAGGAGCACCGGCGUAAAUACGAGCGUAAACGAGAGGAGAGAGAGGUCAGAGAGCGGCAGGAGCGAGUGAAGAAAGCGAGGGAGGAGCAUGAGAAAGCACAGAGGGAGCAGGAAGCCAGGCAGCAGGCAGGAGGAGGAGCACAAGGAGGCUUUCCAGGAUUCCCAGGUGCAGGAGGUUUUCCAGGCGGAGCUCCGUUCGGCAUGCCCGGCCUGCAGGAGCUCUUUAAUGACCCCGAGGUGCUCAUGGCCAUGAAGGACCCUGAAGUGAUGGCAGCCUUCCAGGACGUGGCUCAGAAUCCAGCAAACAUCUCCAAAUACCAGGGCAACCCGAAGAUCAUGGCUCUCAUCAACAAACUGAGCUCCAAGUUCAGCAACCCGCAGGCCUAGGCGGCCGAAGGACACGUGUUUAGUGAUGAGGUCAAUGCUCUGAAAUAGCGCUUACUGCCCCUCUCUCUGUCUCUCUCUCUCUCGCUUACAUGAUGUAUUUCUUCCUCUGCACUAACAUGGGUGGUGACUGGAUGGAGGUGAGAUAAACAUGUAGUAAAUGCUUUUUAACUCACACACUAGAUAGAUUUCAGGACUAUUUAAGAGCGUUGGAACACCACCAUGAAGGAGUUAGGCAUAGGGAACAGCUAAUCAGUGUGAAUCAUUAAAGGGGAAAAAAGAAAGGGGGGAGACCAUACGGUCUCCGUUUAACACUUCCUGGAACAGUCCUGAAUUGCACUGUCAACAGAACCGGGCUGCGAUUGGUGUUUGAAAUGGUCCAAUCACUGCCUUUGAUACUGAACCUGACUGAUUUUAAUGUCUUUUCACCCUGAUUGUGUACUAGUCUUUUACCGCACUUAAUCCAAACUGACACUGAGAUUAUUCUAAAAGAGUUAAACUGAUCAUCAUUCCAUCCAGUCAGGUCUUAACUAAAGUUUUCUGGAUUGUUGUUGGGUUUUUUUCUGUUCUAUUCUGUAAACAAACCAGGAAAAUCACAUGGCAAAAUGGUUUUUUUUCUUACCCCCUUGAUCCAGGAGCAUUUAUUUCUAUCUCUGAACGACGAUUUCAAUCAAUAAAGGUUUCGGCUGUUGCAGAUCUGA